GAGAAAACCUGUUUGUUCUCCAGCGGGUGGAGCCCAGUCUGUGCCUCCUUGUUCCCUGCACUCUCCCCGCUGUACCCCGUGCCCCGCGCCUGCCCGCUGACGCGGCCCAGUAGGGUCCAGCGCUGCCCAUCCGAGGGAGCUCGCGCACCACGCCCGCCCGACCCUCCACCCAUCCCACAAGCCGGGCACCUGUACCAGGAACCCACUGAAUCCACUAAUAACAGGUUUGGAAAUCUAUCAUCACAAAUAUGUCAGCAUUAGGAGAUAAUGGAAAAGGGAAACCUUUGCAACCUGGUGAAGAGGAGCGCAAUAAUGUCCUAAAACAAAUGAAAGUACGAACUACACUGAAGGGUGACAAGAGCUGGAUCAUCAAGCAUGAAGACUCAGAGGACCGUACCAUAGAGCUUCCUUCGUCAUCAGUUGGAGAAGUAUCAAAUGCCAGAACUCCAAACACAAAGGCUCCUGCUGGUUACAUCAUCCGGGGAGUGUUCACAAGAACAAUUGACAGCUCUUCUCACUCCCAAAAGCACCUCUCUAAGACCAAUAGAGCUUCAAGAAGUGAUUCUGGACUGCCAGGAACAUCUAAUUCCGGUCCUCUACAUCACUCUUCGGGUUAUAAGAUGACUACGGAAGAUUAUAAGAAGCUGGCACCAUACAACAUCAGGUGCAGCUCCACAUCAGGGGCUGAGGAAGAAGAGGAACCCGUCACUUCAGAUGAAAAGAAAUGGAGGUCACAAGCUGCAAGCAGUGUUCUAAGGAAAACAGCCUCACGGGAGCACUCGUAUGUCCUCUCAGCAGCUAAGAAGAGCACUAGCAGUCCUACCCAGGACCUGCAAGCCCCAUUUAUCGCAAAAAGGGUGGAUGUGGUAGAUGCAGAUGUGCCUCCGGAGAAGAAGCAGGAGCCACCUGCUCUAGCAGAACCUGAUUGUGGCUUAAGCAGUAUGGGUAAAGAUAGACCCCAACUGUCUCAAGCAGUUCGAAUGGAGUAUGUGCCGAGUGUGACCAGACCUUCUGGAAGCCAGGAACCCAGCUUGAGGACCAAGGAGAUCACCCAUUUGCAGAUCACAACCCCUAGAGCAGGGCUCCACCUAGUGGCCUCAGACCUGGAAACCCUGAGAUCAGCUGCACAGUUGAACGAUGACAAUGAGGAAGCAGGAGCCACAGAGUACCCAUCAGAAGACCUGGGUGGAUCAGGCAUUUGCACACAGAAAAGAGGGUCUGGCAUGGUGAUAAUUUCUUUCCUGGAGAAUAAGAAGAAUAACAGUGCUGGAAAUGAAAAGGGUACUCCAGAUGCAUGUGAGGAUAAAAAUGCAGCGCCCAAGAUCAGCAAGGCCUGCCAGGAGACACUUGAGGCCCCUCAGGGAGGCCAAGGAGACCAAACCAUGGCUAAUCAACAACCUGCAGAUCCCAGUACCCCAGAGCCACAGAGCAGCCCCAGCGGAUGUGAGCAGCAAAUCAAAUUGGAUGAUAGUACCAAAAAGUUGAAAAGCCCUUCAAGCUGCUCGGUCACUGUUAAUGUCACUGCUGCCUAUGAAGAGACUCACUUACAUAUUCCAGCCACCUCAAGUGAACUGGACUCCAGCUCAACUAUCAGAGGGAUUCUCUUCGUGAAGGAAUACAUGAAUGCCAGUGAAGUGUCUUCUGGGAAGCCAGUGUCUUCACACUAUGGCGGUACCAGCAACAUUGAGGACUCCUUGGAGAAGAAACCCCCACAUGAAGGUACUCCACGAUCUGAGAGAGCAUCUGAAGGGGUCUGUACUUACUGCAGCCGUGAGAUCAGAGACUGUCCAAAGAUUACCCUUGAACAUCUGGGCAUCUGCUGCCAUGAGUACUGCUUUAAGUGUGGGAUUUGCAAUAAACUGAUGGGUGAUCUCCUAGAUCAGAUCUUCAUUCACCGUGAUACCAUCCACUGUGGGAAAUGCUAUGAGAAGCUCUUCUAGGCUGAAAAGAAGCUGAUGAGCUCCAGAUGCAUUUGGCUGUGUACUUGUUCCCAAAUUGUUGGUUCUUAAACCCUUACAUCCUCCUUACCUGGUUUCACCGUACUUCUGCUCACCUUGUUCUGAAAUAACACAUCUAGUAUUGUAUCUCAA